AUGUCUGAGGCUGAAGUUUGCGAGAAAGUUGAUCUAGAUGGCCGUAAAGAAGCUCAGGACAAGCUGUCCAUAGCAAAGGAAUGGGGAAGUUAUUUUUUCUCAAAGGCUGUAAAAUCCAGUGAGCAAGUCGUUAGGAAUCUGGCAAAUCGGAUAGAUUUAAAUGAGAUAAAGACGGCUGUAAACGACGUCACUUCAACUGUCAAACAGGUUCCACUCAUACGUGAAUUUCAACAGGCUCAAGCUGAUUUUGCAGAGGCUCAUCAGUCUAACCAAAAUGAGACAGUUGAUUUUCACGUAUCAACACUAUCCGAUCUUCCACCAUGGCAUCCUGAUGUAUCUGGUUUAAGUGAUCCUAAUGCUGUUUCUGCAUUAAAAGAAAACAUUUUAGCUUUAAGUCAAAAUCCAAAUAACUUUCUAAUCCCUCCACCUGAAGAAGCUCAACUCAAAUGGAUUACACCGAUACCUCAAAAUUUACUACACGAGGCCCAAGUUCUUCUUAAGGAAGAUCCUAAUUUAUCUGCUGUACGAUAUCGUCUUGUGCCAAGCAAAAUAAGUGAAGAUAUAUUCUGGAGAAAUUAUUUCUAUCGUUUAUCUUUAAUACGACAAUCUGCUCAUCUGUCUGCUGUGAUGGCCAAUUCUCAUUCACAAAAUAUGACUAAUAGCAAUGUUAGCAGUGGUGGAAGUGAUAAUGGUGUCUCAGAUACAGAUUUUGUAUGCAUUGAACAAAAUCCUAUAUGGUCUCGUGGUAAAACAACUUCAGAAAUGAUGAUGAAAGAGACUAGUGAAGGUGUUUCAUCAAAGAAAAGUGAAAAGCCUAAACAUUCUACAACAAAAUUGAAAGCAUCAACACCUACUAGUGAACCGUCAAAGAAAUCCACCUCCUCCCAUUCAUCAUCACCAUCAUCAACAACAACAACAACAAUGAAGAAUAAAACUAAACAGCAGCAGAUUGAUGAGUCGAAAAACAGUAGAAAAUGUUCAUCGAAUUCUCCUUCAAAUAAUUUAAAAACGAAUACCGAUAAUACUUCAUCUACUAAAUCAUUAGAAGAACAAUUAGAAGAGGAGAUUGCACGUGAAGUUGAUGAACUUGUUUUAAGCAAAACUGAAAAGAAUUUAAAUAAUAAUAAUGAUCAUAAUGGCGAUGAUGACUGUGAAUCAGAUGAUAUUGAUGAAGAAUUAGAAUUAGAAAUAUUAGCUGAACUAGAAGGCAGUGUUAAUAAUCGUACUGAUGCGGUGGAUACCACUGAAAGUAAUGAAGAUGAUCUUAUCACAAAGGAUGCUCAAUUGAAACAAAAAGUUUAA